AUGAUACCUUAACAAUAAAAUUUUGAAGAAGUAAAAAGAAUAGAGAUCUGUAGGAGCAAUACACAAAUGACUGUUUAAUAAAGUUUCUAGAAUCUUGAACAAGAAAAUAAGUUUUAUUAUAUUAUAGAUUAAGUUUUCCUGAACACCCUAAUCCAAAUUUUGAUUAGCAAAAUUUAUAUAAUUUUAAUGUUAAAGAAUCGUCAACAAUUAGAUAGUUUGCUCCUGUAUUAAAAAAAUAAUAAAGUGAUACCUCAUCUGAUUACAAAAAACAUUAAAUCAUAUAAACAUAAAAAAGUAGCUCCAGAAAUAUGGAAAUUAAUCUAUAAAGAAUAAAAUUGAAUCCUAUUGAGGAAUAAUAAUAGAUAUCUAAGGUUAAUUUAGAAAAUUAAUUUAAAAGCAAAAAUGAAGAACAUCAUUUGAUAAUUAAAUGUGAUGAUACAAAUGAAGAUUUAAAUGAGAUUAUGUAAAAAAUAUAAUAUUAAUUUAGAUUUUAAAUUUAAGAGAAAGAUAAUGAUCCUGAAAUUAAUAGUUAAAACAUUUAGAUAUUGAGUUUAACUUAAAAAAAAUCUUUAAAAGAAUAAGAUUAAUAGAAUGCUUGUUCUAUUUGUGGUAGCAAUAAUGCAGUUAAAAUAUAACUGCUUGAAUGUGAGCAUAAAUUUUGUAAGUAUAUAUUUAAUUUUAAAUUAAAAGGAAUUGUUAUAAAGACUAUUUAGAAGAUAAGAUAAAAAAUGCUAAAAUAAAUAAUAUUUAUUGUUUACAAGAAGGUUGCAUAACUAAAUUUCCUGAAUCUGUAAUAAAGGAAACAGUUAGUGAAACUAAAUUUGCUCAAUAUUUAUUUUUUAAAUAUAAAUUAGAGAUUGAAAAUGAUAUGAAUAAAAAAUGGUGUCCAGCCAAAGGGUGUGAUUUAUUCGUUGAAAGAAAUCCAAAAUAAAACAUUGUUAUCNUAAUAAAAUUUUCUAACUCAUUCAUAAAUAUCUAGCAUUUUAAUUUCUAUUUAUAUCCAUCAAAAAUAAUUUUCGAUAUAAUUUGA